GCUUAUGACGAGCUGAAUGCUUUCUUCACUACAAAUGAGCGCUUCGUAGUGGAGAUAGAGGUUCUGCCAUCUGCAAUGCAGCCUACAGAUACCUUGACGUUGCAGGAUGGCGUCAACCUCGGAGUAUCAAAGAAGAUACUCACGCAGGCAUUUCUAAAAGCUCGCCAAUUAUUCUUUGCGACGAACCAUGAUCCGGAUCUCGAAACUCUAUGCCUAGAAUCAACCCGUGUAAUCCUCCUAUUCGAUCCAGAACAUCUCACAGCCGCCAACUUCCGCAAGCGAAGAAUCGUAAGAAUUGAAGAAUCAUGUUCAAAACAAGACCGGAAUCCCAUAGCCGUAGCCCUGCAGAGGGAAGUUGUCUUCCUCGACAGCAUCUUGACCUCUCCUCUGCAUCGACAGACCAAAUCCCCUACUCUUUGGCAUCACCGCAACAACAUUACCUCAAUAAUACGAUUACACAGGGGGCUUGCCGAUGGCUUCAAUUUUACCGGAUCAGUCAUUCAAACAGAGUUGCGCUCCGUCUUCAGAGCCAGCGAGCGCCAUCCGAAGAAUUAUUAUGCUUGGCAGCAUGCGAGGAAGAUGCUCACCAAGAUCAUCCAGGAUUUCCAUGGCGACAAUACUGAUGAUGAGGGAAACAUCUGGUGGUGCGUCCAGAAUCCUAGCGACACGUCGGGGUGGUCGUUCCUUGCCUUCCUGUUCCAGCGACUGAGGUCGCGAGAUUGGAAAUUUAAUUUGAUCACUGAGAUUUUGGACGUUGUGUUGCGUUGGGAGUGGCAGUACGAGUCGGUUUGGGCCUUCUUUCGG